GUCAAGUAAAAAUGUCAGGAAGAGGAAAAGGCGGUAAAGGUCUCGGAAAGGGUGGUGCUAAGCGUCACCGUAAGAUUCUCAGAGAUAACAUCCAAGGUAUUACCAAACCAGCUAUUCGUCGUCUCGCUCGUCGUGGUGGUGUCAAGCGUAUUUCCGGUUUGAUCUACGAAGAAACCCGUGGUGUUCUCAAGGUCUUCUUGGAAAAUGUCAUUCGUGACUCAGUCACCUACACUGAACACGCCAAGAGAAAGACUGUCACCGCUCUCGAUGUUGUCUAUGCACUCAAGAGACAAGGAAGAAUCCUUUAUGGUUUCGGUCAAUAGACGUUUCAAUAUCAUUAUACACAUCUAUGGAUAUGCGCAUGUAAAUUAAUCGUGAACUUUUUCACACUAUGUUUUUGUACUUUACCCAAGCAACACAUGAAUACAAUUUCAUUAUAA